UAACCACACCGAAAACUUUAUUUCUUAUAACAGACACCGGUUGCAUGCAAAACUUGUAAUCAACAGCCAUUGGGGACACACAUAUAGUCAUGCUUAAAGUCACGGUUGUGCACAGUAAAGUAUCGAAUGAAACAUGAUCACAUAUCAUUGUUGUUGGCCAGCGGUGGAUAAUGUCGGGCAUGGAUACGGCUAUAGACGCGUUUAGGAGUAAUGAAGGUUUGAGUAUGGACUAGUCUGUCUGUUGUAACGGGCCUAGUCUUCACUUGACCAUCUUGUUUUUGCCGUUUAACAAUCUCUACGAUUUUCGUUCAAAUGGAUGUCUGAGAAUGAGGACGCGUAAGAGUAGAAUAAUCAAAGCGUGUGUUGUGGCUCCAAUAGCACUGAUAGCAUUAUUAUGGAUGUAUUAUUAUCGACAAAUAUUCGCCGCUUUUUGUCAAGAGGGGAAACCAUUCGAAAAAGAAGAUGGAAAUAUAUUACUCUCGAAUACAAAGUCAGUCAUAACAUUUCCAAUCAAUCAACCAUUUUCAAAAGGAAACCUACCUAAACAAGAAGACCAACAAGGAUUAGUCUCGAAUAAAAAAUCAGGGAACCUACCUAAACAAGAAGACGGACAAAGAUCAGUCUCGAAUAAAAUAUCAGGGAACCUACCUAAACAAGAAGACGGACAAAGAUCAGUCUCGAAUAAAAUAUCAGGGAACCUACCUAAACAAGAAGACGAGCAGGGAUCAGUCUUGAAUAUAAAAUCAGAAGUGAAAAAAAUUUAAUGAAGAAGACGAAAAUGGACUCUUCUCGAACAGAAAACCUGUUUUGAGACCAUUUGAUCAACAAAAUGGAAAUCUAUUUGAACAAGUAAGUGAAGCGUUGCUUGGAAAGCCGUCCGGACUGAACUCGCCUACAGAAUUCAGUAUGACGUGGAGGGCUCGCUUCGUCCAUGGAAUGUGUCAGCAGGUCAAUUGGAAUACCACAUUGAUCAAUGGUAGAACUCCAGUUUUCUUUUUCUCUAAACCGACUGGUCUUCUCGCCUGUAAGGCCCCUAAAACCGGAAGUACUCUACUUGGUGCGUUGGUCAGAGCUAUUAAUCUCCCAAGUGAGAAAAACGUCUCCAACGUAUUCCAGUUAGGCAGGAAUACAAUACAUGAUGGCAUGGACGAGUUGCGUGGUUUGACGUCAAAUUUGUUAAGAGAAACAUCACUGAGAGUCAUGGUAACACGUGAUCCAUAUUCUCGGCUGUACUCGGCAUUUAUCGAUAAAUAUUUCCUCCUGGGACGGCUAGGUAGGGAACUAGCUGCUUACCUAAAACAUGGAUUCAAAGAAGUAAAUGAUAGUUAUUGUGGGUACGAUGUAACGUUUCAGGAGUUUUUGGAUUAUGUUGUUUAUCUAGCUCAGAACAAAGUGGAGAUGAAUGAACAUAUGGUUCCUAUCGCUCAACUCUGUGACGUGUGCAGUAUGAGGUACGACCUUAUUUGCCGUCAGGAACACCUAACCCAGGGUACGGAAGAGAUCCUAAAGAUGAUAACAAACCUAAGCCGUGAUAGACUAGGGACGAUACGAAAAUCUCUGAAAUCACAACAGACCUCUCUCCUGUCCCUAGUGGCAUCGCAUAUUUUUGAUUACAACUAUAAUCGUCAAGACUGUCCAAACAAAUUGUAUUUUUCGGCAAAAAUGUGGAAAACUUUUCAGAUCCAAGGAUUAGUUCAUUCUGAUUUAGAUUUUCAUGAACAUGUCUUUUCACCAUUUUCGUUCACAGAUAAGGAAGCUAGUAAUAUGACAUCUGCUAUAUUACAAGUGAUACAGUCGAAGCCAUUGACAAAGGAAGGCCGAAAACGACAGAGAAUGAAGUAUCUGUCAGAGGCAUACCGUGAUAUAAGAUGGCAGACUAUUGUCAACUUACAAAAAGUUUAUCAAUUAGAUAUCUUGCUGUUUGGAUAUUCAAGUUACCCGCCUAAUGUCCCAAUGUCAUGGGCAAGUCUCACCAAUUAAAUUUUUUUAAUUAAACUGAUGCGGAUUUGAUAAUAUAAUCGUAAUGUCUGUGUUUUAUUUAACCAGAACAACAGGGGAAUGUUUUUGGCCCGCCAUGGAAUGAAGGUAACAGCACUUUUAUCAAAGCAAGAUUCACAAUUCACAAAAAAGAGCCAUUCAUUAUGGUUUGCCUGCCACUUUUGUUGCAUGAUGUUAACAAUAACAUAAUGUAAAUUAUGCAAAGCGGAGUAAUAUUACUGAUAGCGGAUCUUGUUGUCAGGAAUUAUACGAGUUUAUUUUGUUUAAAAAAACCACAUCAUC